UGCACAUGAGAUUUUUUUUAAUCUAUUGUAUUAAGCCUGAGCAAGCUCCUUAAUUUAUCUAAUAAGACUUCUUUGCAGUUAUUUUCUCAUGACCAAGCAUUCUGACUCUCUGUAACUUACUAGGUGUAAUAAGUUUGGUAAAACCAUGCUAGCUCCCCAGUUGCCUCACACAUCCAGCACCAAUGAAUUUCAACCCCUAGUAGUGCAGAUCUCUUCCCUGAAUUUACCGAGGAAGGCUUCUGCCCAGUACUGGGCAUCACUAGUGAGCAGGUUCGGGAUUUUGGCUUUUGUAGUUCAAUAGUGGGGUCUUGGAGAUUUUGAAUUUUUGAAGGUUUAGCAACAGAUAAUUGGGUGGUGGAGUUUUAGGGAAUUUAGGAUAGAGGGGAUAGGGAAGUUGGGAGGGAAAGAGGGAGAUUUAUAGGGUGUGAAGAGUGGACAGGCUAUGGUGUAGUUGUAAGUGUCUUAUAUUAGGAGUUAGGCUUUAUUAUGUCCACAUUCUUUAAUUUAAAGUUAUAAAAUUACACCUUACAAUACUUCUGCUUACAUU